GGAGCAGCUCUCUCUGAAGCACACGGAGCCCGCGCGCGCGCCUUCCCGCUUCUCUCCGUGCGUGGAUGGAGUCCAUCAGAUGACUGUCCACUCUGCUCAGAGAGGCGCUCCUCAACAGCAGGUAAUUCAAUCUCCAUACAGAAGCUCUUUAAAUAUCUCCUUUGAGAACCUCCCAACUGCCACGUGCUGUAAGGUGAGCCCUCCACAGCCUGAGCGCCGAGCGGCACCGCACACUCAGUGGACCGACAGUUUGAGCACGGAACGGGACCACGCACUCAGUGGACCAACAGUUUGAGCACCGAGCGGUACCACGCAUUCACUGGACCGACAGUUUGAGCACCGAGCGGUACCACGCAUUCAUUGGACCGACAGUUUGAGCACCGAGCGGCACCAAGCAUUCACUGGACCGACAGUUUGAGCACCGAGCGGCACCACGCACUCAGUGGACCAACAGGUCUGAAGUGCAGUUGGUCUUCUUCAGAGUGUCUUCAGCUCACUCACCUUUGAAAGAGUUCGCUGUCAACUGGACAGGAUUUCUGGCAUUAAUCCCAAAGCUGGCUGUUUUUUUUUCUCCUCGGUUUUGCACCAGUAUGUACUUUCAUCUGCCUGCCCACCUUUAGGACCUCACAGUGAAUGGAGAACAUACUGGUUCUGCUCCCAAAGCACCGACAGGAACACGGGCUCUGCAGAAGCUGCAUGUGCCUCGUUGCCAGUUUCCUCCUAAAGAGCCGUUUAUUCUCUCUAGUUGGUAUCGACCCACCCCACUGUUGACCUUUUUCAUGGGAUAAAUUGAUUGGACUCAUCAGGUUCUAAACCAGAUCAGGUGGACAGUUCUCUGACUUCAUCCUAAACAUCAGGCCAAGGCACGCAGACUUUUUCUUAUUUUGUACACUGUUUGUCAAAGGCCUCCGCAUGGUACUUUGGUCGAAAGAACAAGAGAAACUCCCCGACAUCGACAUGUCCUCAGGGGACGUUGAGAUGAUGAAGAAGGAGGGGGGGACCCUGACCCCAACAUUCCUCAACUCCAACUGCUCUGUCCAUCCGGUAAUUCUUACCAGGGGACCUGAAGAAGGGAACCCUGAGACCGGAGGGGAGUAUGAGCUUACUGAGGUCACAUCUUUCACAGAGAGGGCCACUGAGGCUGGAGAAGAUGAGGACAAGUCAGAGAUUGUGGUCGCAAUGGACUGUCUGGCCAAUACCAAAGGUCAACGCGAGGAGGAUGCUCUGCUGGAGAAUGCAAGUCAGAGCAACGAGAGCGAUGAAAACAGCAUCAACCAGAGCCCAGAACCACCGGUGCCCCUCAAGGAGACCUCCUUUUCUAUCGGCCUGCAGGUGGUUUUCCCCUUCCUGCUUGCUGGGUUUGGGACAGUGGCAGCUGGAAUGGUGCUCGACAUUGUCCAGCACUGGACGGUGUUCACAGAGGUGUCCGAGGUGUUCAUCCUGGUUCCUGCUCUGCUGGGACUCAAAGGGAACUUGGAGAUGACAUUGGCUUCCAGACUUUCCACAGCGGCCAACAUUGGUCAGAUGGACACAGCGAAGGACAUGUGGAAAAUGAUUAUGGGGAACUUGGCUCUUAUCCAGGUUCAGGCCACGGUUGUGGGCUUCCUGGCCUCCAUAGCUGCUGUGAUCUUUGGCUGGCUUCCAGAGGGACAGUUCAGACUGGGCCACGCCGUGCUGCUCUGCGCCUCCAGCGUGGCCACUGCCUUCAUCGCCUCUUUGCUCCUGGGUCUCAUAAUGAUCGGCGUCAUUGUUGCAUCCAGAAAAGUUGGCAUCAACCCUGAUAAUGUAGCCACACCCAUUGCUGCUAGCCUCGGAGACCUGAUCACCCUGUCCCUGUUGGCAGGCAUCUCCACAGGACUCUACAAGGAGCUAGAGUACAACGACUUUGCCAACCCUUUGGUGUGUGCUGUGUUUGUUGCCCUGUGCCCCUUGUGGGUGCUGAUAGCCAGAAAGAUCCCUUCUACCAGAGAAGUCCUCUACUCCGGCUGGGAGCCCGUCAUCAUCGCCAUGGCCAUCAGCAGUGUUGGAGGUCUGAUCCUAGACAAGACCGUCACCAACCCAAACUUUGCUGGCAUGGCUGUCUUCACACCAGUCAUCAACGGUGUAGGAGGAAAUCUGGUGGCAGUUCAGGCCAGUCGGAUCUCUACCUAUCUCCACAUGAAUGGUCUGCCUAUGGGGGAUCCCAACCCUGCUCCUAGAAAAUGUCCAACACCCUGCUAUUCCUUUUUUGGCUCCACUGUGAACUCUCGUUCUGCUCGUGUGCUCUUCCUCCUGGUUGCACCGGGUCACAUCAUCUUCCUCUACACCAUCAACUCCUUGAGGGGGGGUCACACCACCCUGACACCCAUCUUCAUCAGCUUCUACCUGGUAGCUGCCCUGCUGCAGGUCAUGAUCCUCCUGUACCUGGCAGACUGGAUGGUCCACUGGAUGUGGGGUCGAGGAAUGAACCCUGAUAACUUCUCCAUCCCGUACCUGACUGCUCUAGGUGACCUCCUGGGGACCGGCUUCCUUGCCCUGUGCUUCCACAUGCGCUGGUUCAUCGGGGACAGAGACAUGAACAUGGGCAACUGAACAUGUGCAAACAUCUGCACAGAGACAGAAAAUGGACGAUACUGUAAGGUUACGACUGUUGUCUGAGAACUAUGA